AUGGAUAAUGUAACCGUUUUUGAGAUGGCUCUCACGGGCCUUACGAAAAAGGAUAUCGAUGAACCUAAACCAUCACCACCAGUCGAUGAAGUUAAAAAAGAGGAUGAAGAUAUGGGCUGGCUACUGGACGAGGCGAUGCAAGCAGCUCGUGUUAAGCCGGAAGAAAUGUCGUCUGACAGAACUGCAGUUGUUCUUCCUUCUGUUUCGAGUGCUAGUCCUUCACCACUAGCCCCAAUCGCCCAGACUGUGCCCAUAUCUGCAGCUUCUCAGGUCCAAAGAGUCAAUGCUUCUUUUGGCAAUUCGGUUCUUCGUAAUGUUUCCCCUGUUGUCAACAAUAAAUCCGCCAUUCGGUUUAUUCGUACAAAUGAUAUCAGCCAAGUCAGACCCCCUGGCCGUUAUGCAUCAGUUCCGAGUUAUUCUAGCGUUCACCCUCAACUUGUGAAUCCUCGAUUUCCUCCACAGUAUCCUCGUGAACUUUUCCAGUCAGAGGUCGAAGAAGACUUUGAAGAGGAAGAUACAACCGAUUUAACUCAAGCAGAAACUUAUGCUGAUUACGUACCCGCUAAACUGGAUUUGGGUCGCCGACAUCCAGACGCCGUUGUUGAAUCCAGUACUUUAUCCGGAGUUGACCCUCCUGAAAUUAACUAUCAUCUUAAUCUUCCCAAAGAGGUAAUUGAUAGCGGUUCGCUCUCUUCAGCUCAACUGGAAGCUGUGGUCUACGCAUGCCAACGACACAGGAUUAUGUUACCGAAUGGACAGCGUGGCGGUUUCCUGAUAGGUGAUGGUGCUGGUAUGGGAAAAGGUAGAGAGAUUGCUGCAAUUAUUUAUGAAAAUUACAUGCAAGGUCGAAAGAAAGCUCUUUGGCUUUCUGUUUCAAAUGAUCUGAAGAGAGAUGCUGAGCGCGAUUUAUGCGAUGUCGGUCAUUAUAAUGCCGUCGUGCAUUCCCUGAACAAGUUUAAAUAUGCCAAAAUCUCCGGCCGUGUGAACGGUAAGGUGAAAAAAGGUGUUAUAUUCGCCACUUAUGCCUCUCUAAUCGGUGAGAGUAGUGGCAAUGUUAAGGCCAAAUAUAAAAGCCGAUUAAACCAACUCGUCCAGUGGUGCGGCAAAUCCUUCGAUGGAGUGAUCGUUUUUGACGAGUGUCAUCGCGCCAAGAAUCUGACCCCAAGUGGGUCCCAAAAGCCCACAAAAACUGGUCUAACAGUGCUUGAAUUGCAAAAUCGUUUACCUCACGCUCGCAUAGUCUACGCCUCGGCAACUGGUGCUACAGAGCCCCGAAAUAUGGCUUACAUGACACGCCUUGGCAUUUGGGGACCUGGCACAAAGUUCAAAGAUUUUAACUCCUUCAUCGAUGCUAUUGAGAGUAUGGGGGUUGGUGGUAUGGAGCUUGUGGCCAUGGAUAUGAAAUUGGGAGGAAUGUAUAUUGCCAGGCAAUUGAGCUUCAAAGGUGUCAGUUUCCAGAUUGAUAAUGUCGAUAUCAGCAGUGUAAAGAUUAAUAAUGAAUCUUUCGAAACUGUUUACAAUCAAUCAUCUGAUUUGUGGACUUAUUUAUGCGAAAAAUUUGCUGAGGCUGCUCGUCUCUUGAAUGUGGACGAUAAAUACCGCAAAACUAUGUGGGGUCAAUUUUGGUCAGCACAUCAACGCUUUUUUAAGUAUCUCUGUAUGUCAGCCAAGGUGGAUGCAUGUGUGCGUAUAGCUAAAAGAGCCCUGAGGUCCGGCAAAUGUGUUGUUAUCGGUUUGCAAUCAACUGGUGAAGCCAAGACCCUAGAACAAGUAGAAGAGAGCGGCCCAGAAAUGGGUGAGUUCGUAUCCACUGCAAAGGGCGUCCUACAGUCUCUUGUUGAUAAGUACUUACCUACUCAAUCAAAUGUCGAGAACUUUACACUCCGUGGUGAAAAGCUCUCGAUGGCUGGUGAACGUGCAUCUUCGAGAACAAUUUCUCAGGCUGGUAGAGCUGUGGGUAGCGCUAAGUCAAGUGGCAUAACUCUGGUGGAUAUUCUGGGAGCAAAAAAUUUCAACAAAGCAACUCAGGGUCUUUCCCUUAAAGGCCAUGAUGAUGAUGACGACGACGAUGAUGAUAAGCCAAGCAAUGACUCCAGCUCCGAGGAAGAGGAAGAGGAUGAAGAUGAAUCGAUGAGCGGAGAUUCUGAAAUGAGAUCAAGGAAUGGUUUUGGUUCUUCAGAUGAGUAUAAUUCUGACCUGGAACUAACAAGUACCAAACGUGGUACUGUAAAGCGGGUUAAAAGACGUCCCAGAAAAGCUGGUGGUGCACUCAAAAGGCGAAAGCAAGCUCCAGAUAGCGAAAGUGAAUGGAGCUCUGAAGAAGAUCUCGAGAAUAUUGACAAUAUCGUUGAUACGAUACUUGCUCGUCGGAAAGCUGUGGCUGUUAAUUCCCUUUGGGCCGAUGAUUCAAUGCGCUCCUCAAAAUCCUCCACUUUUAAUGGAAGCGCAGAUAGCGCCCGAAAAUUAUGUGAUGAGAUGCAGAUGUCAUUACUAAACAGCAUUGAAAAACUCGGUAAAUACCUGCCUAACUCAACACUGGAUGAGUUGAUUGCACAGUUUGGUGGUCCUGAAUUUGUAGCAGAGAUGACAGGAAGACGUGGUCGCCUUGUAAAAAGAGCAGAUGGCUCUGUCUACUAUGAAGCUCGAAAUGACGGGGAGGGCAGUUUGGAGACCAUCAAUUUGACAGAAAAGGAUUACUUUAUGAGGGGUGAAAAGCUAAUUGCUAUCGUUUCUGAAGCUGCUUCUUCAGGUAUAUCUCUGCAAGCUGAUCGUCGUGCUGAAAAUCAAAGGCGGCGUGUACAUAUUACUCUUGAACUCCCUUGGUCUGCCGAUCGAGCCAUUCAGCAGUUUGGUAGGACUCAUCGAUCUAAUCAAGUUAGUGCGCCAAUCUAUCACUGUCUGAUCACUAAUUUAGCUGGUGAACAGCGUUUCGCAUCAGCUGUAGCGAAACGUUUGGAGUCUUUGGGUGCUUUGACCCAUGGUGAUCGACGUGCCACUGAAACAAGAGACCUUUCACGCUUUAACAUUGACACUGAAUGGGGUAAAAAGGCUCUGGACAUGGUUCUCAAGACCUGCAUUGAUGGGCACGUUGGUAUCGUCAGACCUCCCGCUGAAUACAAAUCUGAAAAUCCUUCUUCCUGUGUAAACGAAAAGUUUCUUGUAAAUUUAGCUCCCUCUCUCCGACCCUAUAGCGCUUUCAUAUUCGAUGUUCGAACAGGCCUUCAGAGUGUGGGAUUUUCUGGAGAGAGAACACGAGAAAAGGACAAGAGUCACAUGAAUAAAUUCCUUAAUCGAAUUCUCGGUCUUCAUGUGGGUACGCAAAAUGCUCUUUUUAAGUACUUUAUGGACACUAUGAAUGAGUUGAGGCGUCGGGCGAAGUUAAGCAAUAAACUCGACCUCGGGAUUCUUGAUCUUGGAAGCACUGGGCAAAACCUGCAAAUUGUUGACACUCAGUCCUUUUUUAUCCGCUUCCUCUCUGAUAAAAGCGAAGUAUACCUUCACAAAGUUACUACUCAAAGGGGUUUAUCUUUCGGUGCAGCCAUGGAUAUCUACACACAACAUGAAGGUUCCGAAGAUGGGUUCUAUAUGCCAAAGAAUGAUACUUCUGUUGUGAAGAUCCCCGCACUUGCCUUUUGCAUAAAAGAAGAAAAUCAGCCAGAAGAGGAAGUUUAUGAGCAGAAGGAUGAGGAUGAUUUUGGCGAUGAAAGGAGUAGGCGACGUAAGUUAAAGCGUUUGUAUCGGCUAUACAGGCCCAAUACUGGAAUGCAGUCGGAGCCAAUAGAAUAUGGCAAAUUGAUUGAACAAUUCGAGAAGACACUUCCUACCGAAUGUGAACCGGAUUGGACUAAUGUCUACCAACUCUCUGAAACUAAAUGCAUUCAUGCUAUUCAGAAGAAACCGUGCCCUCGGCGUAGUAAGCUAUCGGGUGUUUGCGAAAACGGACUACGAGAGCGUACCUAUUAUGUUUUGAGUGGAGCUGUAUUGAAUGUUUGGCAGCAUGUGAAGCACGCUCUGACAACAUUUCAUCAAUCAGUGUCUAUGCAGGUUGUACGUUUAAAGCCAGAAGAAGGCAAGCGAAUUGUGGGUCUUCUUAUUUCUCAAAUUGGAGUGAAACCUGUUCUCGACUGUCUUAAACGUCUUGAAUCAAAUCCAAGUAGUUUCGAAUUUGAUAGCCAAUCGUCUCCCCUGCGUAUUGACACUGUAACGAACCAGGAGCGUCUGCAAGGUCUUUCAUCACGUUCUUCGCUACCUAUCACUCAAGGCGUUAACCAUCGAGAGUUUUGGAGCUCAAAAAAUGCUGCUGCUCUUGCCGCUCAGCAUAUUGCUCAUCCGCGAAGAUCUUCUGUUUCUUCCAUCAGUUCAAAUGGCGGUGUUAGAAUUGGCAAUGCUUCUCCUAUUCGGCCUUCGUCUUUCAUUCCCUCUCCUCGAUCUAUUGUCUAUCGACCAGCAGUUCAAACACCGACACCGAACCAAUCUAGGAUUGUAAAUAGUGCUGGAGUGCCUUCAUCAACUCGGAUAGUACGACAGCCAGCGUCACGAGUUUUUACACAUUCACACCGGCCACCUCCAGCAAUUCUUGCUUCACGUGGUAGGAGAAUUAACUGGGUCUCUCACGACAAUCUUAAUGUUAAUGGUGUUCUUCAGACCACAUCAAGCUCUCAAGUUCGACCUCAAUCAGUAUUACGCCUUGCUACUCCUAGUACUUCUCACCAGACCCAGGUUAUUCCUAUUAGAUCGGUUCUAAAUUCUGCUCCUCAGCCUCAAGGGUUACGAAUUCAACCUACUAGUAGUGGAAGGGUUUCAUCACAGCAAACUGCUCAACAGCAUCAGUUGCUCCGAUCGCAAUCCUCUUCGUCUCUCAUUUCUUCCUCUCCAUCUUCAUUAACAAAUUCCUCUCAAAAUGCUUCCCCUGUGGCUGCACCUAGACCUCCAGUCAAAAUGAAAAUUCAGUGGAAGGAUUUAUAA